AUCGAGGAGGAGAUGGGGGACUGCAAAUUUAGAGAAUGAUGGGACUUUGAAGAAGGACCUGAUUGAGAGGGAGGGGGCGAGAUUGGUGGGGCUUUGAAUAAAUAUUCAUUUCUGCUGAUAGGAACUGGCUACUUCAGGUUUGCUUAGUGCCAUGAUUUGGGUGGUGAAGAUGCGUCAUGCCAUGCAUUAUUCAUAUUAAUGGCAUAGACACUGGAGAUGCUUGCUCACUUACGAAAUGCACUUCUCCAUAUGCUGCAAGUGCUGCCUUUUAAGUCGUUGCAGAGAAACCAUUCACUAAAAAUAAUGCCGAGAAACCGAAAGAAUUACUUUUGCCAUGGUCGAGCUUCCCAAGUCUCUUUCUCCAAAGCAACUUAUCAAGCUCCUUAAUGCAGAGAAAAACCACCACUCCGCUCUCCAACUCUUUGAAGACGCCUCUCGGCAUCCUGGGUACAAGCAUUCCUCCAACGUCUUUCACCACAUUCUUCGACGCAUAUCUGACCCAAGGUUUGUUGUCCAUGUGGAUCGGGUCCUCGAGAUGAUCCGAUCCCAGAAAUGCAAGUGCCCUGAAGAUGUUGCAUUGACGGCGAUUAAAGCCUACGCAAAAAAUUCCAUGCCUGAUCAAGCAUUGAAUACAUUUCAGAGAAUGGGCGAAAUUUUUGGCUGUGAACCAGGGAUAAGAUCAUACAAUUCGUUACUUAACGCUUUUAUCGAGUCCAAUCAAUGGGAUAGGGCGGAGGCCUUUUUUGCGUAUUUUGAGACAGUGGGUAUGGUACCCAACUUGCAGACCUAUAAUAUUUUAAUCAAGAUAUCGUGUAAGAAAAAGCAGUUUGAGAAGUCGAAAGUUUUGUUGGGAUGGAUGUGGGAUAAAGGGAUGAAGCCUGAUAGAUUCAGUUAUGGUACUCUUGUUAGUUCGCUGGCCAAGACUGGUAAUUUAUCGGAUGCGUUAGAGGUGUUUGACGAAAUGAGUGAAAGAGGGGUGAAUCCUGAUGUGAUGUGUUAUAACAUGUUGAUAGACGGGUUCUUCAAAAGUGGUGAUCCUGUGAAGGCUAAUGAGAUGUGGGAUAGGUUGUUGGAGGAUAAAUUGGUUUAUCCAAAUGUUGUAACUUAUAAUAUAAUGAUCAACGGUCUUUGCAAAUGUGGCAAGUUCGAUGAGAGUUUGGAGAUAUGGGACCGGAUGAAGAAAAAUGAUCGACAGCAUGACCACUUUACUUACAGCACUCUGAUUCAUGGGUUGAGUGAGGCAGGGAACUUAGAUGGAGCGAAAAGAGUUUAUAAGGAGAUGAUUGAGAGAAGGGUAACCCCAGAUAUUGUUAUAUGUAAUACUAUGCUUAACGGAUUUUGCAAAGCAGGGAUGAUCAAGGAAUGUUUUGAAUUGUGGAAAGAGAUGGGAAUGUUUGGUUCUCGAAACAUAAGAAGUUAUAACAUAUUUAUGAAGGGUUUGCUUGAAAACAGGAAGGUAGAAGACGCGAUAUCCCUCUGGGAAAUCUUGCCACAGACAGAAUGUCUUGCGGAUUCCACUACGUAUGGAAUUUUAACUCAUGGUUUGUGUAAGAAUGGUUACCUGAAUAAGGCUUUACAGAUAUUGGAAGAGGCAGAGAAAAAGGGAGGUAAUGUGGAUGCCUUUGCAUAUUCCACGUUGAUUAAUGCAUUAUUCAAAGAUGGAAAAUUAGAUGAAGUGUCUAGAGUUGUAAAUAUGAUGGAUAGGCGGAAAUGUAAAUUUAACCCAUAUGUCUGCAAUUCACUUCUUGAUGGAUUUGUAAAACAUUCCAAACCUGAUAGUGCUGCCGAAUUCUUUGGGACAAUGGGCUCUAAGGGUUGCUCACCAACCGUUGUUUCCUAUAAUAUUCUGGUGAAUGGAUUAUGUAGAGUAGGAAGAUAUCCUGAGGCAUAUUUUUACAUGAAGGAAAUGAUUGAUAAAGGGUUGAAACCAGAUGUUAUCACAUACAGCUUGUUGAUUGAUGGCCUUUGUCAAAGCAAUAAGAUUGAUGCCGCACUUAGGCUGUGGCAUCAGUUACUGCACAUGGGCUUUCAGCCUGAUGUAACUAUUUACAAUAUUAUGAUCCAUGGACUUUGUUCUUCUGGCAAAGUCGAAUGUGGUCUACAACUCUAUUUAAAGAUUAGGAAAACCAACUGUGUUAAUCUUGUGACCCACAAUACCAUAAUGGAUGGUCUUUACAAAGCUGGGGACUGUGAAAAAGCUUCAAAGAUUUGGAGCUACAUUUUAGAAGACGGGUUACAACCAGAUAUAAUUUCAUAUAAUAUUACUCUUAAGGGGCUUUGCUCUUGUGGUCGAAUAAUAGAUGCGCUGGGGUUAUUAGAUGAAGCUUUGGGAGAUGGAGUUGUCCCAACUGUCAUUACGUGGGAUAUACUUGUCAGAGCUGUUAUUAUAUAUGGGGCUUGAGCUUCAUUUUUUGGGCUCUGAAACUAAUUAUAGCAAUUUCAACCU